GAAAAUAUGGCGGCUUUCUCAAAAUAUUUGUUGAUCUCUGUGCCCGUGGUGGCCCUGGCGGGUAUUGCAGCAUUGUGGUGGCAACGGGAAAAGAGAGAGAGGUCUUAUACAGAAGUGGGUCGUGUUUCUAGCCUGAUCAUUUAUCCCGUGAAAUCUUGCAAAGGAAUUCGCGUGGAUAAUGCAAAGUGCUUCAAAGAAGGAAUGGAAUAUGAUAGGCGUUGGAUUCUUUUGGAUGAGAAUGAUAUUUUUAUUUCUCAACGGGUAGAUCCAAAGCUGGCUUUGGUUGUUCCUCAUUUUGAAGGUGGAAAAUAUCUUUGUCUUGAUGCCCCUGGAAUGAAAACCUUGAAGCUGAAUAUAGACUUACCAGAAAAUCAACAGGAGUCCAAGAGGAUACGGGUGUAUAGGGUUUAUGGAGGAGGUCAGUAUGUUGGAGAUGAAGCUGCUGAAUGGUUCUCAAGUUAUUUGAAAAGACCUGGAUGCAAGUUGUAUAAACUCUCUCAGCCUAAGUUAAUCUGUGAGGAUGAAAAGUGGGGUGAUGUUGCUUUGCCAGGAGACAAGGCAUCAUUUGGAAAUUUUUCUCCUUUCAUGAUUACAACUGAACAAUCACUUGUAGCUUUGAAUGGAGUACUUCCAUCACCAGUUACUAUGGAAAGAUUCCGUCCAAAUGUUGUGGUUGACGGUUUGAAGGCAUACGAUGAGGAUAAGUGGACAAAAAAGAUAAUUAAGAUAGGGGAUGUAGAAUUCAGAUUUCUGAAGAACUGUGGAAGAUGUUCAUUGACAACUGUAAACCCUGCAACAGGAGAAAAAGAAGGAAAUGAACCCUUAGCUACUCUGCAAAGGAUAAGGCUCCCUGAGGACAGAGAUCCCAGGCAGGGAAAAGCUCCUCUUUUUGGAGUACAGUUUGCCCUUGAUGGAGAUAGGAUAGGGGUUGUAAGGAUAGGAGAUAUAGUGAUGUUGGUCAGUCGAAGGAUUCUAAAGAUGGUGGCGCAGAUUUCGUACUCAAAAUAUCUGCUGAUCGCUUUACCUGCUGUCGCUUUGGUGGGUUUUGCUGCGCUAUGGUGGCAGAGAAAGGAGAAAAAACGGUCCUAUCAUGAAGUGGGGCGGGUUUCUAGCCUGAUCAUUUAUCCCGUGAAAUCUUGCAAAGGAAUUCCUGUGGAUGAUGUUAAGUGUUACAAAAUAGGAAUGGAAUAUGACAGGCGUUGGAUUCUAGUGGAUGCCAAUGAUACCUUUGUGUCCCAGCGUAAAGAUCCAAAGCUAGCACUGAUUGUUCCUCGGUUUGAGGAUGGAAAAUAUCUUUGUCUUGAUGCUCCAGGAAUGGAAACUUUGAAACUGGACAUAGGAUUACAUGUAGCUGCAGAUGAACAAGAAUACAAGAGGAUAAAGGUUUGGAGGGUUUAUGGAGAAGGUCUCUAUUGUGGAGAUGAAGCAGCAGAGUGGGUAUCUACUUUUUUAAAUAAACCUGGAUAUAAGAUGUAUAAACUUUCCAAACCAAGAGUGAUAUGUGAAGAUGACAAGUGGGGUGAUGUUGCUCUUCCAGGUGACAAGGCAGCAUUUGGAGAUUUUGCUCCGUACUUGAUUGCAACUGAGGCCUCAUUAGAAGCUGUGAAUACUGAACUUUCAUCUCCUGUGACAAUGGAAAGAUUCCGUCCCAAUGUUGUGGUUGAGGGUAUGAAGGCAUUUGAUGAGGACAAGUGGGCAGCUAAGAUAAUAAAAGUUGGAGAUGUUGAAUUUAGAUUCCUAAAACGAUGUGGAAGGUGUCAGUUAACAACAGUGAAUCCUGACACAGGUGAAAAAGAAGGAGAUGAACCUUUGGCAACUUUAAGAAGAGUAAGGCUUCCGGAAGACAGAGACCCAAGACAAGGAAAUGCCCCUCUUUUUGGAGUUCUUGUUGCCCCUCAUGGCAAUACAGUGGGAGUUAUAAAGAUUGGAGAUGCUGUCAUGGUUUCAGAAUAACUGCAAUUAUAAUAACAAUAAAUAUUUAAUUGUGUUGCUUAAUAUUUAAUUUUGCAAGUGUAGAUAAAGCGUUGCUCUGAAUAGAAGCAUUAUAGUGUGGCAGAUUUGGGGUAUUACAAUGUCCCUUUUUAUUUUUUUUAUUUAUUUAUUUAUUUUUUUUUACAGUAAGCCAAAAUUAUUUUACAGCUUUUUACCUGAUAAUAUCCUUCAGUAGGAAUGCAAAUUUGGGCUGAAAGGUUUUAUCAUUAACAUAUUGUAUUUACAUUUUGUUCCAAUCAGACUGUUUUCGCUCAGACAAUAACUCACCUAUUAUUUAGAACUGUUUGUUUUGU